CAGCUUCUCUGGGCAACCUGUGCCAGGGCCUCACCACCUUCACAGGGAAGAAAUGUCUCUGAGUGAGGUGGGAGGUCUCUGGAUGAGCUGGGGGUGUCUCUGACACGGGAGGUUCAAACACCUGCUACCCUGGCGUUGUUUCAAGGGAUUUGCAGCAGUCAAUGAGGGGAGUGGCUUGGAUCCAGUGGAGCUUCUAAGCCCUGGGAUGAUAAAUUAUGGGUGUUUCUGCAGCUCAGUUGUUGUUACUGGCCUGACCUGUAGUCAGUUCCACGCAGCUUUAAUGCUGUUCUUCAUCUUAAGAGUUUUGAUCUUCCCAUUGCUCUCAUGGAAGAAGCACUCUGUCAUGUUUUGCUCUUCCCUAAACUGAGUUUCUGUGUUUGAAACCCUGACUCUAUUGAAAACUGCCCUGGGGAAGAGGAGUUCUCUCCUACAAAUGCCAAAUGUGUCACAUUCCAAGGUGGCUGUACUCUGGAGGAGUUUUUAAUUCCCUUGCUGUGGGGGCUCUGUGGCACCUCCUGUGUCUGUGCACAAGUGUCAUUUUGGAAGGACCUGAUGUUUUGAAGAGACCUGUGUUAACAGAGGCAAAGCAGAAAGAGUGAGAGGAGGGGAAAGGACAGCUCCAGCAGGAGAACCACAGAAUCCCUGAAUGCUUUGGGUUGGAAGGGACCUUAAAAGCCCAUCCCGUUCCACCCCCUGCCAUUGAGGGGACACCUUCCACUAGCCCAGGUUGCUCCAAGCCCCAUCCAACCUGGCCUUGGACACUUCCAGGGAUGGGGCAGCCACAGUUUCUCUGGGCACCCUGUGCCAGGGCCUCACCACCCUCUUUGGUGGGGUUUGGGUCCUUACAAAGGCUGCAGAGACAUGACAGGAACAGAAUUCCCUGGAGUCAGACGGUGCAGGUGACUCAGCAAAGCAAAGAGCUGGAGUGCAGGGGGCAGCCUGAGUGUCUUUGGGAAGGGAAAUCUCAUAUGGGAGAAUCUUAUGUGUUAUUUCCUCUUGUGUGGACCCUGAUUUAAGUGGGACUGCAGGAAAGGAAUGACCCAAGGCUGAGUGUCACAGCAGGUGACUGCCUGGCGAGUUUGCUGCAGUGCCACGCUGUGCAUGGGAUCAAAACCCAAUAGUCAGCUUGUGGAAGACAGCUGUGAGGGGAAUGUCGGUUCUUACUCAGAGCAAAACUUGGCUGUUCUGUCAUUACUGAUUGCAGCUCGGGGCUUGCAGCAAUUUCAGGUUGACAGGAAGGGAACCUGUAAGGUGCUUAAAACAAACAAACAGAACGAAACCAGCCAAAUGCUGUGUUUGUGUUCCUAAAAUGGCCAGUCAAAAUCUGAUUUCAUCAUUCUGUGAAAGACAGAAAUGUGUUGAAUAUCAAAUCUAAGUUAGGAUAUACUGCUAGGAGUUUUCCAGGAAGAAGUGCUGCCUGGUGACAUUACAAAUGCUGUGGUUUGGUGUUUUAUGGGUGGAAAAUGAGUUCAACCUUCCAUCACACUGAUUUUUAAAUGGUUUCUGUCACCAGCCUUCACCCACCUGACUGUGUGUGGUUCUCUGUGCUCGUCAGGCACAGUUCUGUCACAGACAGCAGUUCUGCCUGACUGGUAAUGGUGGUUUAGCUGCACAAGUGUCACUGGUUUGGUUCAGAUCAGAUCUGUAAAUCUGUGCUGUGGCUUCAGCAGAAGAGGUUGGUCAGUCCCUCAUGAAGGUGAAGGGGGAGAAGGGAGUCUGAAUACCCACGAAUGAGCUGUGAUGGAUAACAAAGAUUCAGAAGCUGAGAUCCACCCUCUGAAGACUGAGGAUGCAAAAGCUCAGGAGAACCAUGAGAACUCCGUGGAGAGGAGGAUCAUCAGCAAGCAGACGGCGGGGCUGUCCCGGCUGUCCCGCUGGCGCACGGCCGCCUUCUUCGUCUCCUUGUUCCUCUGCCUGGUCAUUGUCUUUGCUUUCUCCUUUAUCAUCCCUUGCCCAGAGAGACCAGUGUCAGAAAAAACGUGGUUCCAAAACUACAACAACGCAGUGGCCUUCCAGUUCCUUGCUUUGGAAGAUGUGAACGAAGACAAAGUGCAAGAUGUCCUCUUUGUUUUCAAAGCCAGCAACGGCAGCAGCAGCUUCAACAGCUCCUGCUUGGAUGAAGGGCUGCCUUCUCCCUGUGCCUUUGUUGCUGCUGUGUCUGGCACGAACGGCAGGCCUCUCUGGGAGAGUCCUGCAGCCGAGGAUGUGGAGUGGCUGGAGUGUGGCAUCCAGCAGCUCGGCGGGGCGGGGGCCCCGGGCUGCCUGGUGGUGGGGAAGCCAGUGGCCCUGACAGCCCUUGACCUGCGGACAGGGGAGAUUCAGUGGAGACAGCCCAGUGACUUUGGAGCUAAUUACACUCUGCUGACUCCUGUGUCAGUGAUUCCAGAUGUGGAUAGUGAUGGAGUUCAGGACCUGAUAAUCUUUAUUGCUACAGGAAAGAAGAUUAAGAGCUUCAUCCAUUCAGGAAAGAAUGGCAAGCAGAUUGGCUCCACUGGCAGCCUGGCCGUGGAUGGGAGCGCUCGCUACAUCAGGCUGAACCUGGGCUCCUCCCCCUACUUCCUUUUCUAUACAGAAAACUCUCUCUAUGCAUAUUCUCUGAAAGAUCUGUACAAUGCAGCAACUGGGAUGGAAACUAAGCUUCCCAGCCUCCGGCAAGAUCCUCAGUGGGAGAAGAACAUUGACAGCCCCACGCACCGCGUAUCCCUUCUCAGCUCUGGAGACUUUCGCUACCUGGCAAAAAUUCCUGGGCAGCCACGGGAGAACAUCUUGGUUGUAGACUCAGAGAUGGCCACGCUGAUCAAUGGGAAGAAUCUCCAGACUCUGUGGACCCUCAAUGUGUCCCGUGCUUUGAGUAAGCCGCUGCUUGGUUACUACAAACCUGAUGUUCCUGGUAUUGUCCUGGAGAGUGAAAUUGGACCCAACAAGAAGAAGGUGAUGAUUGUUGAGAGUGCAUCUGGAGCAGUCCAGUGGGACCUGAAUCUGAACUCGGGAGCAGAGAGUCCUGAGCCAGCCACACUUUCCACUGCGGAUCACCGCUCCACCUUCCUCAUCUGGGGGGACUACGAGGAGCCAGGCAAUGAGACAAGAUCCACAGCUCCCCUCCAGAAGCUGUACCUUUUCCAUCCUUCCUACAAUAACGUCCUCUUGGAGCUCCGCAAUAACACAGACCAAAUAAUUGCAUUCAGCGCCGCGCUGUUUGAGCGGAGCCGUCACGCCUGCUACGUGCUGCUGAGGGGCCCCCGGCCCGGCCAGGAGCCAGGGCCCGUGUCUCUGAUGAAGAGGAAGCUGAAGGAGGAUGUGUCAGAGAGCAAAGUGAUCUGGCUGAACCAGGUGGCUGUGGACAGUGAGGAGUACAUCCGGAACCGCCUCUACAGGAUGCGAUUCCACAGCCGGGACUGAGCCUGCCCAGGGAGGGGGAGAGGCUGCCCAGGGCCAGGCAUCUCCAGGCUGCCUCUGCUCUGCAGCCGUGCUCUCAACAAGCCCAGAUCAUGGAUUCAGAUGGGAAGCUGCCUUUCUCGACCUGCAAACCAAAGCGUGGCUGGCAGGGAUGGGCCCCCAGUGUCUGGGGACACCCAGGCUGUGGGGGCAGCUGCCAGUGCAUCCAUCCUCAGAGCUGAUGGGACUUCAGUGCUUGGCCACCACUGAGGUGUCGUCAGCUCGGGGAAGAGGGCCCUCCCCUCCAUCCCUCUGUGCCCGCAGAACUGUGCUGACACUCAGGAGUGUGUCUGGAGGAAAACAUGUGCUUGCUGGGGAUGCUGGAGUGGAUGAUUUCUGGGGUGUUUGGAGCUCAAUGUGUGAUUUCCUUUCUGAGUCAGCUCUCCUGGCUGGGGGAGAGGUGCUUGGCUGCAGGUUGGUUUGCAAUCACCCCCUCCUGGAUUUGGGCCCUGCUUCAGUAGUGGUGGGUGAGUGUAGUGCCAGACCCCCUCCGUGCCUGUCCGUGGGGCCGGGGGUCACCUGGGCCAGCAGAGCACAGGUUAAAGUGUUGUUCUACUUAGAAAAUGGCCUUUUCUAUUAAGAACAGCCCCACAUGCCCUACUCUGCAGUCACCAGCCUGCCUGUGUCUGUCUCCUCUGCUGCUUCCUUCCCAAGCAGGCUGUGCAGUGUUGGUGACACCAAAAGGGAGCUGGUCUCCAUGUUCCUCCCUGCCCUCAGUCUCAUUAUAGGUGAUGAGCCCAGGGUGGCUGGUCCCUGGUGGUACCAACACCACCUCUCCUGAUUUAAAGGAGCCAGAGGAUCUAGGACAUUUUUUUUUCAGAGUAGAAUUGCACUUUAACCUUUCCUGGGAGCUGGGAUUGCUGCUCUGGGAAGCCCUGUACCCAAGUGGCAGUGCCAGCUCCCUGCUCAUUCAGCCUUGCAGCUGCUGAGGAGCCUUCUCCAAGCACUGUCCCCUCUGCCAGGAGGUGGGCAGGAGCUCCAUGCUGCUUCCCUGCCCUUGGAAUUGAAGUGAUGCUGGGUGGGGAUCCUCGGGUGCCUCUCUGCCCAGCCCAGUAUCCUGAGGGAUGGGACAGGUUGCUGUGAGGAGAUGACAUGUUCCUCCUGGAGAUCUGUGUAGCAUCAGGGGGUGUUUGCUCUGCCCUGUCCUGGUGGGUGCCAGUGCAGGCUGUAGAAACAAGGUGCAAAGCCUGGAAAAGGGAUUGAACUGCCUGCUCAGUCCUGAAGAUAAAAAUUAACCCUAAAAAUAACCUCUCACAGGCUCUGCCCCCUCUGCCUGGGGGGUGUUUGGCCAGUGCCUCGCUCCCCUGCCGAGUCUCACACUGGGGGAUGUGUAGAAACACUGUAGGAUGGGAAACAAUGCCAGGCUGUGCAGGGUCGGGCACUGGCUCUUCCCUUCAGCUGAGUCUGACUGUGCCACAGGGCAGCUGCUGUCACCAGGCUCUUGGCACAGCUUCAGCCUUCCCAGUCUGAAAGCACGAUGACCUGGGCUGCUGGACACACACCUCCUGCUUCCAGCUGGCCUGGUGGCUGCCUAAAGGAUGCCCUGGCUCCCUCUGCCCAGUGACCAAUAUCACAGGCAGUCAAGGGAGCCAGUCCUGGGGCAUCCUGGAUGCUCCCUGGCGAGCACACCACAACCUUCAAAGCACCUUGAGCUCAAAAUGGUGAGUUUCCCUCUCUUCCUCUCUUCACAGCCUGUUAUCUGAGGGAGUCUGGGGUAGCAGGGAUGUUCCCCUGCUGUGUCCCCCAGCCUGGGUUGCCUCUUUGCUCAGCACCUGAGGCCUGGCAGCCCCACAGGUCCCCAUGCCAGCAUUGCAGCCAUAAGAGGCUCCAAGGCCCUUCAGCCACCCGGGGCAGAGCAGGAGUGCAGCUGCAGGUGCUGGGCAGGGAAACCCCAGGCUUGCAUAUUAGUCCAGUCUGAGUGUUGGAUGUGAAUUGUAUCCCACUGAGAUUCCCCUGGCAGGGAGUGGGGUGCCUGGGCUGUAUUCUCACCACACUCUCCCUCCUCUGAUCCCUUUCCCAUAGGCACACUGAAUGUUCCUUCAGGGGAGCUGGAUUUUCAGCUUUGGGGAGCUUUUCUGGCUUUAAGUCGUCCAUUAAUGUUUCCAGGUACUUUGGAAACGCAGAUUUCCCUGUGGCAGCUCAACUAAACGCAUCAGUGCCAAACCAGCACCUUCUUAACAAAACCAGUCCUUUCUCCAGCUUAUUUUCCUGUGUAAUUGUUUUAUUUGCGGUAUUUCCUGAAUGACUUCGUGCCUUGAUUCAAUGACCCAGCUGGGUGGCGGUGGCGUAUUAUCACUGUGUUCUGUGUUAGCGUGAUUUUUAACACUGAGACUGUUUGGUUUGAUUCUUUAACUUAUUGCAAAUUGUGCCGUACAGGACUUGCUCUAACCGGAAUGGUUUCAAUAAACGCUCUUUUGCAUUGUUUGUAAA